AUGGAGGGGCGGCCGGCAGCCCCCGGGCCCUACCGAGCCACCAAGCUGUGGAAUGAAAUUACAAGAUACUUCCGAGCAGGGAUGCCCUUGAGGAAACACAGGCAACACUUCAAGAAGCAUGGAAGCUGCUUCACUGCCUCAGAAGCUGUGGACUGGCUCCAUGAAGUGCUAAGGAACAACAGUAACUUUGGUCCUGAAGUGACCAGGCAGCAGACUGUUCAGUUACUAAGAAAGUUUCUCAAGAAUCAUGUCAUUGAAGAUAUAAAAGGGAGGUGGGGAGCUGAAAAUUUAGAUGACAACAGUGCACUUUACAGAUUUCCUUCAGCAUCUCCAGUCAAACCUCUACCAAGCUCAUGUCCACCAAAAGAGGACUUGGAAAACUUCUCCAGAGACAAGGAAAGACUUCUGAAACUGCCACAUUUGUCCAGGAGACCUUUCAAAAAACAUGAGUUGCUGCAGUCUCUGGAGAACAUAGGAAAACCAGGCCCAGGUGUAACAGAGGAAAAGAAAGCAGGCAAGCUUCAUAGGAAUGAAAUAAGCCAGGAAUACGUGGAAGAAACUUGGAGAAAUGUCAUUCUCAUACAUUUGCAAACCAUCUUAGGACUCCCAUCUUUGGAAGAAGUUUUGCAGCCCAGCCAGAUCAUUCCUGAGUAUGUCAUAUACAACAUGACCAACACAAGCAAGCAUGGUGUUGUCAUCUUGCAGAACAAAGCAGAAGACCUCCCUCACUGGGUGUUAUCAGCUAUGAAGUGCCUUGCCUACUGGCCUAGAAACAAUGACCUGAACCAACCAACUUACAGUGGCUUUGAGCGAGAUGUCUUCAGGACAGUUGCUGAUUACUUCCUGAGUCUCCCUGAGCCACUGCUGACUUUUGAGUACUAUGAACUCUUUGUCAAUGUUUUAGUUAUGUGUGGCUGCAUCACAAUUCCACAUAGAUGCAGUGGAAAACACUCUGUCCAGGAUGAGAAAUGUGACUCUCAACCUUCAAAACCUCUUCAAUUGAACUCUUUCAAGUCAACUGAGUGUCUUCUUCUCAGCCUGCUUCAUAAAAAGCCUGACAAAAGAAAGACAGACCAUGAAGCUUUCAGGAAGCCUUCUUCAGGAGAGUUCAGUGCUCAAAAGCAAUGUGCCAAGGAACUGCAGCAGCACAAAGUGAGGUGUGCUCCAGGGAGUGCUGAGAAUCUCAUAGGAGGAAGCUGUCAGAAUCUUUCAGCUUUCAGGAAUGAACAAGAUCCCCCUCGACCAUUUAGGACAAGAUGUUACUCUUUGGAAGGGAUUGGAGAUCCUACUUCAAGUGUACAAAGUCAAGGAGACUCUGAUUCCCUCAGGCAAAGGGAUGGAAAACCAUCACUCCUGCAGGAGCAGAGCACUAACUGUGGCCUGCAGCCUGGCUUUGAUAACACAGCUCAAAACCAGCCUCUUGGAGUCAGGAGAGCAUCUGCCUCAACUCUGCAGGAUAAAGAGCUGUUGGAUGAGCAUCACAGAGCAAAGCAAAUAGGCAGGUCUCUGAGCUUGCUUGGCAAGAGGACCUCCAAAAGCUGCUCCAGCAUUAAUAUGCCAGUUGCUGAAAUCACACUGAAGCCAAAACCUCGCCUCUGUGGGCAAGGAAACCCAGAUCCCUCCGUGGCUACUUCAGUGGACAUCAGGAGGGAGGUUUCUGCUGUCACCAUCAAAAGAAGACUCUCCAAAAGUACCACAGAACUCUCAGAGCACUCUUUCCCUCACUCCUCUUGUAUGUUGAGUGGCACACAAAACCUCCUGCAGCCUCACUUGGAAAGGAUUGCUGUGGAAGCCCUGCAGAUCUGCUGCCUGCUGCUGCCCCCAGCCAACCGCCGGCGGCUGCAGCUGCUGCUGCGCAUGGCGGCGCGGCUCAGCUGCAACGUGGACAUGCCCCGGCUGCACGACGCCCUGGGCACCCGCUCUCUGAUGAUCCAGACCUUCUCUGGCUGCGUGCUGCGCGGUGCAGCAGGGGCUGAGCUGGAUGAGCUGCUUGCCACACGGCUGCUGUCCUUCCUGAUGGACCACCAGCAGCACAUACUUCAGGUCCCAACUUACCUGCAGGUCGCGGUGCGAGAUCACAUCGAGUACAUGAAGGUGGCUCAGAGCAAAUGUCCAGAGGAAGAAAUUUGUGCCAUAUUGCCAACCUAUUCAUACUGCAAGCAAAUAACUCCUGAGGAGUUUGAAGAACAGAAGGUUUCUACCUCACAAGCUGCAGUGGCAGAGCUCCUGGAGAACAUCCUCAAAGAUAAAAACCUGUCUGUGAAAGACAAGAAGAAAAAGCUGAAGCAGUUCCAGAAGGAAUACCCCCUCAUCUACCAGAACAGGUUUCCUGCCACUGAAAAUGAAGCCAUGCUCCUGGAGAACAAACCCACCAUCAAGCCCCCCAUGCUCAGCCUGAGGAGACCAAGAUUUCGUAGCCUCAGAUAUUAA